CGCCUAUCAUUCAGGAAAAGCGUCUCGCACGUAUACACUCACAACGCAGCCCCAUGCAACUUCACCAUGCCCUACUACCCAUACACUACGAUUGCCUCGCAGCAAACACACCAUCCGUCACAAAGCGGGCGGCUAGCGAGACAAGACUUUCUACGCCAACUCAACCCAAUCAACAACCAGCGGAGCUUUCGGAGAAUAAGUGCAAGUCUUCGUCUCACUGUCGAUAUACCGGGUGUCUUCGCUCGUGAUUUGGAAGUGGCCAUCAAUCACGGAGUUCUAACAAUCCAGGGGGUUCGCAAAACCAUGUCGGUCGAUGGCACGGUUUGUAUCAAGAAACACAAGUUCUCACGACGCUACGCUAUCGAUACGAACGUAGUGGAUGUUGCGCGAGUCGACGCAAACUUGUCGCAUGGUGUCUUGGCGAUCCGUGCGCCAAAGAAGUCUGGAUCCCAGCACGUUCGAAUUGAUGAGGCGGACGAACAGACUCGCAACACCACCGGGAAUCUUUCGUCGAGGGAGAUCAACGUCACUACCAGCAACCACGAACUAAUGUCCAAUCUCACCCCCGUGGAUACCGCUAGAUUGGCUGCUUCACAAGUACCCUUGGCAGUACAGCAAGGAUCUGAAGUAAAUGCCCUUCCCGCAGAUCCUACCACGAUUCCAAACGGAAAAGACUCGGACAGUUCCAGUCAUGGAGAAGUGAGCUCCGAUUCGUGCUCCCAGAGAGAGGAUGGUCAAUCAUAGAGCAGCAGGAUCACUAAAUUUAGCAUUUAUUCCUUUUCAGUAGC